CAGGGAAACCAUGUUGAUGUUGUUGUUGUUGUCUGUUGAUUGACUUUCAAAUCAUUUAAAUCGUAAUUUAAUUUUUACUGUUUACUAAGUUAAUUGCAAUCGUUUUCAUUGAAAUAAGUUCAUCAAGCUCCAGAUGAUGGAUUUCGAGAGUCGGAUUAGUAAAACAAUGAAUAAGGUCAACAAGUGUUUGUUACAAUUGAUGCGAGUUAAAAAGUCAAACCUUUGCUUGGCCGUUGAUUUGACUCGAUCAGCUGAUAUUCUGGACAUUGCCGAUCGAUUUGGACCUCAUAUUGUGGCUCUUAAAUUACACGUGUGCAUUAUUGAAGACUUUGAUUAUCAACAAUUUACUGAGGGUAUUGGAAGAUUGAAAGAGAAACACUCGUUCCUUGUAUUUGAAGAUUUUAAGUUUGCCGACAUUGGUUCAACUAAUCAACAAUUAUACGUUGGAGGCAUUUUUAGAAUUCAAGAUUGGGCUGAUUUAAUUACUGCUCAUGUUAUCUCUGGACCUGGAGCGAUUGAGGCUUUGAUGAAAGGUGUCAAUUCGUCUGGUGAUCCAAGAGGUUGUUUGUUGAUCGCGAAAAUGUCAUCCAAAGGAAGCUCAUUGGAUGAGAUUGAAAAUUGUCGUCAAAUUGGUGAUAAAUUUCCCAAUUUUGUCUCAGGUUUCAUUAGUCAAUCACCUGUUACCAAUGAUCCUGGUUUCAUUCAGUUCACUCCUGGUGUGAAUAUCGAUGUUAAUUGUGGUGCUUUGGGACAACAAUACGUGUCACCAGAAGAAGCAGUUAUCAACCGAGGAGCGGAUAUUAUAAUUGUCGGAAGCGGAAUCUUGAAAUCGGAGGAUCCAUUGGCUAAAUUGCUGCAAUUCAAACAGCGAGGAUUCAAUAGUUACCUUAAGAAAAUUACUCCAUCCAAUUAAUCUUAAACAUCUCAACAUGAAAAUCAUUCAAUUGAUAAAAUCCACAGAUCAAAAUUAAAUUUAACCACAAUGGCAAAAAAUUAACUAAGCGAACCUAAAUUGUUCCGUUUAUUUUUGUAAUUUCUUUCUAAAAUCAAUAACAAUUUCAAUCUAAAUGAAACAAUUACAAUAAUUAACCAUAAAUCAUCAGAAAAAUGGAAUGAAAAAUAAAAAUUAUUUUCUACUUUGGUUUAUUUCA